AUGUCUCAACACCACCGCGUAGAUCCAAAAAUCUGGCAGGCAUGCGUCGGAGAUUCGUUCACCGUUCCGAAACUUCAUUCAAAAGUAUACUAUUUCCCUCAAGGUCAUUUACAACAUGUCUGCCCUAACACUCCUAACACUCAAAAAAACCAUGGUUUCCGUCCGAUGAGCCUCUGCACAGUCUCCGCCGUCGAUCUAUUUGCAGAUUCUGAAACUCAUGAAGUUUUUGCAAAAUUACUCCUGACUCCCGUAAUUGACGGAAGUGUUGUUCCUCUUGAGACUAGAAACGAAGAGGAUGGUGAUCAGAUUGUAUCCUUCGCUAAGACUCUAACCAACGCUGAUGUUGAAAGCAGAGAUAAACUCUACGUGCCUACGGCCUGCGCCAACUUGAUCCUCCCAGCGCUCCCACGGCUUGAAUCUAGAAAGCAAUCUUUGUUUCUAGAUCUCUUCCUUACGGACGUUUGCGGUGUAGUCUGGAAAUUUCGCCACGUCCACUGUAAAUGUCACCAACACCUGUUCACCACAGGUUGGAGUCGAUUUGUUGAUAAGAUGAAAUUGGUCGGCGGCGAUACUAUUGUGUUUAUUAAAAACUCGUCUGGAAGUAUAUCCCUUGGAAUUCGCAGGAAAACAAGGUUUGCUGCUGCUGCUGCCAAAAUAACUGAAAAGGAAGUUAAUAUAGCAAUAGAAUUGGCAGAGAAGAACGCAGCGUUUGAGGCUGUGUACUAUCCGACAGUUGGUGGUUGUGAUUUUGUUGUUGGAACUAAGACUGUGGAGGAUGCAAUGAAAGUUAAUUGGAUUUGUGGGAUGAGAGUUACACACACGGCGAAGAAUGACGAUACUUCCAAGGGAUGCUUCAUUUUUAAUGGUAUAAUAUCUGCAAUCUCCCAUCCUUCAACUCGUCCAUGGCGCAUGCUUCAGGUUGAAUGGGAUGAACCUUAUGUCCCUGAGAAUCUAAAGCAUUUAAGUCCUUGGCAGGUUGAAAUUAUUGAUUGUAACACAGCUAUACCAGAUAUACAAUUCCCUCCAACAAAAAAGUUGAGAGGUGCUCAACGUUCAAUUAUGUUAUUUGGUCAGAGGAUACAACCUAUUGAAAGUGAUUUGAAUGAUUCUGAUAUCAAUGGAGACGAUGGUUGA